AAUGCUCAAAAAACGGAAACAAAUAAGUAUUCACUGCACAAGUAUUUCACACUACAUCGGCGUCGUACUUGCAUAAAUCGUCACGUAAACUUUAUUUGCUUAAAUAUCAUUACUUUGAGCACUAUUAUUUCAUUCAAAAUCGACAACAAACCUGUUGGCAGUCUACGUUUUGACUGUCUGUUUAAGUAUUUUGUUUACCUAGAUGUAUUUCGAAAGAUAAGACGCGUAAGCAACAGUUAUAUACAAUACGAAUAGACUUUGAGUAAAUAGACAUGGAUAUGGAGAACGAGAAGACUAACGAGAUGCCAAUGAGUCGCGUUAUAUUGAUGAGUUGUGGCAGGUAUAACCCACCGACGCACAUGCACCUAAGGAUGUUUGAAAGAGCAAGGGAUCAUCUGCACACUUUGAGAAUCCAUAGAGUCGUUGGAGGUGUUGUUUCACCAGUAAACGACUACUGCAAAGAAGACGAUCUAGCAAACAGUUCAACGAGACUUGAUUUGCUAAAACUUGCCCUUCAAACAAAUAACUGGGUACACCUAAGCACUUGGGAGAUAAGACAGAAGACCUACAAGAGCAUCAGGGAAACUCUUCGUUUUCAUCAAAAUGUAUUGAAUAGUAUUGUAUGUCGCGAUGUGGACAAUAAUGUAAAUAACGAAGACACCGAAUGGAUACGUGAUGACAUCAAGAGUGGCUCAAAUCAGUUGCCUGUAAAGAUCAAGUUACUCUGUGGUUCAGACUUGCUGGAGAGCUUUUUGAAACCAGGAAAAUGGUCGGAAAACGAUAUUGUGGACAUUGUCAGCCAGUAUGGAUUAGUGGUCAUCGGUAAGGAAGGCAGCAACCCCAAAAAAUUCAUUUACGAUUCAGAUAUCCUUUCGAAAUACGAAUACAAUAUACACGUUGUUACCGAGUGGAUACCGAAUGAAGUAAACGCAUCGCGGAUCAGAACAGCAUUACGACGUGGCGAGAGUGUUAAAUAUCUUCUGCAAAACGGUGUCAUAGAAUAUAUUCACGCCAGAAACAUAUACUCGGCCAAGAUGCACUCACCGUGAUCAGGAGCUACGACGUUGACGGGGUCGGGGGCGACGGGGGGCCGGGUGGUCUUGAUGUCGUGCGGCAGCUACAACCCGCCGACGCACAUGCACUUCCGGAUGUUCGAACGAGCUCGCGAUCACCUGCACAACCACGGUGGUCACGUAGUGGUGGGCGGCGUGAUAUCCCCGGUGAACGACGCCUACGGGAAAAAGGACCUGGCCAGCGGUGCCCACAGGGUGGAGAUGUUGAAGCUGGCACUGCGGGACAGCGACUGGAUCCGGCUGAGCACCUGGGAAAUUCGGCAGACCGGCUGGACGCGGACGCUCGCUAGUCUGCGCCACCACCAGGACCUGCUCGACUCGAUAGCCCAGGAUCGCGAGGACGCGAACAGUAACAUCGACAACGAGGACUUGGACUGGGUGCCCGGGAGUCUCAGGAGCCCCGAGCUGGACAACUGCGGUCGGGUCAGGAUCAAGCUGCUCUGCGGUGGGGAUCUCCUCGAGAGUUUCGCCACGCCUGGACUCUGGCUCGAGGAGGACAUAACAGAAAUCGUCGGCCAGUACGGUCUGAUAGUCAUCACGAGGGAGGGCUCGAACCCUUACAAAUUCAUUUACGACUCGGACGUCCUUUCGAAGCACUCGCACAACAUACAAGUUGUCACCGAGUGGAUACCGAACGAGGUGAGCUCGACGCGAAUACGACGAGCCCUAAAACGCGGCGAGAGCGUCAAGUAUUUACUGCAGGACGCCGUGAUCGAGUACGUGUACGAGAAUGGCAUUUACGGCGCUGAUCGACCCUCGGCCAUUAAGUUGAACCUAUCAUCGAUUCACUCCUCGACCGACUACCUCGACACCGACGAGGCCAAGUCGUACCAGCACCCACACCACGACCCCAACAAUGCCUUAUUAACGCCCUCGCCCAGCGACGUGACGAUGCUCGAAGCGAACCCCUGCCUCGCGGACUCCCCAGCACCAACCCCCAUCGACGACGACGACAACAACUCACUGCCAGACUCGGUGCUCCGCAACAACCUUCAGAACAGCGCGUCCACCGAUUUGUCCAGCCCCUCCCCGAGCCCCGAAGACACGGAGCUGGCGCGCGAAAAGUUCUUCCGUAGCAUAGUUAACGACUCGCUGAGCCUCGCCGAGUCGCCCUCGUCGUCGCUCCUCCUCCUCCAAAGCGACCUCAUAUUCGGCCAGAUCGACAGCCCCGGUGAGCCAACGCCCUGUAGUAGCGCCCGCGCCCGCAACGAGCUCCUGGCCUUCGAGGAAGCCACCGGGAGCGAGCUGGCGACCAUCACCUGCGACAACAACACCUACAGCGACGACCGCGAGGAGGACGUGCUCUCGGUGACGUACGAGGAGGGCUCGGAGUCCGACCUGAACGAGUCGUCGGUGAGGAACAACCGGGACUGGGCCGAGGACACGGCGAGCUCCAUCAGGGACGGCGACCCGGUCCCCGAGUCGCUCAGCUACGACCGCAGUCCACCCGACUCGCAGGCCACCUGCAGGCUCGAGAUCGACGGCAAGUACCGCAAGUCCCUCGUCAACUCGAUCAAGAACGGACGGAGGGAGGACGAACCGCCGGAGCCCAAGAGGGACGUCAAGUUCGAGGACGACUUGAGCUACCUGAAGAAGCUGCGGCUCGUGGUGAACAAGGAGCAGCCGGACGUCAAGCAGCAGCGCCAGCUCCAGGGUAGCCUAGACUCGAUAAACCUCCGGGAGCGUGACGCCGAGGGCAUGGCCAAAAAAUCAAAGAGCUGCGAGUCGAUAAAGCGCCAGUCCGCCCCCGACGAGUUCUGCUCGGCGUGCUGCCUCGGCGCCACCCCGACCUCCGACUGCAGCUCGCCCGAGGAGGACGAGUGCGACAUAUGCAGCUCCCUCGACCUCAGGGAGGAGGAGGAGGAGGAGGAGGAGUCCCGCGUCGGGAGCGAGAUCUGCGAGAUCUGUGGCGAGCCGGCGGCCAGCACGCCCGAGCCCCCCGAUGACGACGGACCCCGGGGAAGCCGGCCGUUUGGUCUGCCCAAGGCAAAGUCGACGAUGGAGAUCGGCAGGAUCGCGCGCGCGGGGGACGAUCGGUUCGAGAUCGACAAUUGCGGGCUGCGGGAGUGCAGGCUGAGGGCCUCCUUGGACGUUUGCAACAAGCCGGAGCCGCUGUACGUGAACGUGGCGCCGCGUUGCCAGCCGCCGAGGAGUCGGGCUGAUCCAACGCAGCAGCCGUAUUAUUGCUACUAUUACUACGGGAGCGGGGGAUCGGGGUACCACCAGGACGGGAGAUCGGUGGCCCAGAGGGACGAGGUCGGGAUGUCGCGGAGUUUGAGCGUCGGUGGUAGCAAGCGGCUCAGCAGGAGGGGGGGCUCGUACGCGAAGAAAACCCCGGGGGACCGGACCCAGGAGAAGCGGAGGUUCUCGUCGGCGGACAAUUUGCAGAACCGGGCGUCCUUCAAGUGCGGCCCCGACAAGUUUUCCAAGACGCGGGACAAUAAAUUCAUGACCUCGGCGGACAGUAUAAGGGUGCCGAGGGUCGCGAGGAGUCGCUCGUUGAGGAGGUCAGCGGACAACGUGGGGAGGUUCGAUGCCUCGGGUGACAACCUGGACUCGUUGGAGGAGACGGUGGAUGGGGACGAGAUCGGUGCCGGGGAGGUCGAGGCUGGCAGGUCGAGGCUCAAGGACAGCGACACGAUAAAGAUGAUCCUGACGAAGCAUGGGAUCAAGGUCAUCAGUCAGAAGGAGACGGUCUUAUAGGGGGACGAGACUGGCGACGACGGCCGCGAGAUCAUUUUGUAGGGCCUCGGCACGCUUUUUCGGUUAUCACUCGUCGAGCCAAAG